AAGGAACAAAUUGGUGAAGUUUUUUUGAAGUUUUCUUCGGGUGAUCCUGCCGAAUUCGUCCUUUCAUCCGUUCAAAUUCCUGACAGUAUGGCUCAUCCAUCUACUCUGGAGACUGAGCAAAUUGUUCUUUUAGAUGAUGCCCCCAAACCUGUUGAGAUCCUAGUCAUUCAUGAGGCUUUGAUUCUUCUGCCCGUUCUUACUCAUGAAGUGACUCCUACUAACUCUACUAUUGUUUCUUCACCUGCACGGUCACCUGGUAUGGAGCUGCAAGCUGAGGAGCUGACUUGA